AUGGCUCCUGACAUACCGUCUAAUCAACCUGAAGGAAUGCUCAGCUUCAGUCUACUGGCACAUCCACCAACACAGCUUGCUCCGCGGCUGGGAAGACUAUGCAGAGUUGGGCGCAAACCGAUACUAACACCAGGCUAUGUGCCCAUCACAUCCAGAGGAGUGCUGCCCCAUGUUACUCAUGAUAAUAUAAAAGAACACAUGUCGAUAGGCAGUCUAUAUAUUGCCCUUGAAGAUUUCAUAGAACGAAGCUCUUUAAAAGAAAUACCACCAAUAUAUAACGUCCCCACGGACAAGUCAGAAUCUGCCCUACGAAAGUUCCUCUCCUUUGAUGAUGACUAUCUACUAUUCCUUGGGCCUAGGAGGAUUCCUCCCGUCGCCACGGCCGGCUCCAAUUCAGUUGAUUCGGUGACCAUCCUCACUUCAGUCGGGUACCAGCAGCUUCAGGUGGAACAGUAUCAUGAGGCUAUCAAGACAUUAAAACCAGAUAUUGCAAUUGGUAUAGCUGAUGUUCUCGAUAGACGGCCGGGUAUGAAGAGACGGGAGAAGAUGGUAGAUCGGACGCAUGAUUGGACUCAGUCGGCCAUAGACGUCUUGUAUAAGCCUGCAGACACAAGCAACCGGCUUACUGGAACAUCCUUUUUUGCGCCAAUUCUUCCGCUUGAAAAGGAACUGCAAACUUUGUACUCGCGAGACUUGGCGGAAGAAAUGAAUGAUUCUGUUGCUGGCUUUGCGCUGUGGGAUCCUUCAACAAUCGAGAUGAUUCCUCAGUCAAUGUGGAAUCUCCCACGGUUGUCCCUUGGUGAACCUAGUACUCCUCAGGAUGUACUCAAAGGAGUUUCCCUUGGACUAGACCUUUCAGCGAUAUCAUUCAUCGGAACAGCUUCUGAUGCAGGGUUGGCUUUGGAUUUUGUCUUCCCACUGAGCACCUCCCAGAGCAACGAUAGCACAUCAUCGCCCAACCCGCUAGCAAUUGAUAUGCUACUUCCCGCACAUUCCACAGACACUUCACCACUUGUCUCGGAUUGCCAAUGCUACACAUGCAAGACAUACCAUCGAGCCUACCUCCGUCACCUGCUCAAUGCAAAAGAAAUGCUCGCAUGGACGUUGCUUCAGAUACAUAAUCACGCAACCAUGGAUAGAUUCUUUGCCGCGAUCAGGACAAGUAUCGAGAAUGGGACUUUCGAAGAAGGUGUAAAGACCUUUGAACGUACUUAUAAGUCGGAUUUUCCCGAACCUAGUGGGCAGGGCCCAAGGAUGCGAGGUUAUCAGUUCAAAACUGGGCCGGGCGAGAAACGCAACCCGAAGGUCUUUGGACGCCUAGAUGGUGUUGCAGAAAAACUUCUAGAGUCCCAAUCGUCGGUAGUUACUCCGGAUGCCGAGGCUGAAGAACUGGAAGCACGAGGGUUUGCUGAAAAGACGCAGUGA